UUUGCGGACGUGGCCAACAACUACGGGCGCAGAGUGAAGGAGCAAAGAUAAUUUUGCGGUGGCCGUUAAAAGAGAAGAGGAUAAGAGAGAAAAUGGCAGCGACGGCGGCAGCAACCGGAGCUUUGAAGAUCGGCGUUCUGUCUCCGGUCAAAUCUGAAAAGAAGCCGCCGACGAACUUCACGAGGCUCACAGUUCGCUAUCCAAAUUGCUUUCUCAAUACGCGGCCGAAAGUUCCUGCCAUUCGAGCACUUGGACAAGAAGGGAAUUCGAGCGGCGGCGACGACGACACCGGCAUCAGUCAUGAGGAUGUGCAGUUUGUGUUGAAAAUGGCAGCAGGUUCCAUAGCAGUGGGCGGUGGAAUAAAGUAUGGAAGCAUAAUCUUUCCGGAGAUGACCAAACCCAAUAUUGUACAAGCUCUUAUUAUGGUAUCAACUCCUGUGGUUGUAGCCAUAUGGCUCUUGAUCAACCAAAGUCGUCAAGACAGACAAAGCUAACAACAAUCAACUACUUCUUUCGUUUUUUAUAAGGAAUUGCUUGUUAAAAACACUGGAAAUUGAAUUGUUUUGUUAUCCA